CCAUAUUCUGAGACACUUACAGGAUUUUCCUUUCAAAUUCCUACUUCCUUAAACUGAAGCUGUUUAUGAGAAACGGUAGAUUUCAGAGAGGUUGUACUAUAAUUAACUUUUUUCAGAGUUCGAUUUGCUGGUCUUAAAGUGUUGUCCUCUUCUCCGAGAUAAAAAAAACUGGUUUGAAGAAGGAAAUGUCCAUCGAGUGCUACUUGCCCGCCUAAAGGUUCAGUGGCCCGGGCGCCUGGAAUGCAGGUGGCCAGUGUGCACAUGCAGCUGCGCAAGUCCUGACAGAAAGUACUUCUAAAUCAGAAAUGGAUUGAAAUCUAAAGAACACAAACUUUGGAUUUUAGCAGAAGACACGAGACUUCUGAGUCAGAUACAAAGGACUUUACUACUUAUAGCACAACGAGCAACUUCAGCAUCACUGUUGACUUCAGUUCCUCGUGUCCUCCGAAUCCCACUGGAGUGUUGGUACCUCAGCCUUCAAGGGGCUCCUUUAUUGAGGAUCGAUGUCUUCUCCUAGGUAAUUGAUCACCACACACCCAGGGACACUCGAUUCAUCGCUGAGGGAGGAUAAUCAUCAUGAAUAAUCAAAAAGCGGUCGGCGCACUGCUGCAAGAGUGCAAGCAAGUGCUGGACCAGCUCUUGCUGGAGACGCCAGAUGUGUCGGAGGAGGACAUGAGUGAGGACCAGCGGUGCAGAGCUUCACUCCCCAGCGAGUUAAGGACCCUGAUCGAGGAGGCAAAGGAAAUGAAGUGGCCCUUUGUGCCUGAAAAGUGGCAGUACAAACAAGCCGUGGGCCCAGAGGACAAAACAAACCUGCAGGAUGUGAUUGGCGCCGGGCUGCAGCAGUUACUGGCGUCCCUGCGCGCGUCCAUCCGCGCCCGGGACUGUGGCGCCGCGGCGGCCGUGGUGUUCCUGGUGGACCGGUUCCUGUACGGGCUCGACGUCUCCGGAGAGCUGCUGCGGGUCGCCAAGGGGCUCCACAAGCUGCAGCCAGCGACGCCGAUUGCCCCGCAGGUGGUCAUUCGCCAAGCCCGCCUCUCGAGCAAUUAUGGGAAACUUUUAAAAGCAGAGUAUAUUCUGAGCAGUCUAAUAAGCAACAAUGGAGCAACAGGUAGCUGGCUUUACAGAAAUGAAAGUGACAAGGUCCUGGUGCAAUCAGUCUGUGUACAGAUCAGAGGGCAGAUUCUGCAAAAGCUAGGGAUGUGGUACGAAGCAGCAGAGUUAAUAUGGGCUUCCAUCGUGGGAUAUCUGACACUUCCCCAGCCGGAUAAGAAAGGCAUUUCCACAUCACUAGGUAUACUGGCAGACAUCUUUGUUUCCAUGAGCAAGAAAGAUUAUGGAAAAUUUAAAGACAGUCCACAAAUUAACUUGGGCCUGCUAAGGGAGUUUGACCACCAGUUGCUGGCGGCCGCAGAAGCCUGCAAGCUGGCAGCCGCCUUCAGUGCCUACACACCCCUCUUUGUGCUCACAGCUGUGAAUAUCCGAGGCACGUGCUUGCUGUCAUACAGUAGCUCUAAUGACUGUCCUCCAGGAAUGAAAAAUUUGUAUCUGUGUGAAGCCAAAGAGGCCUUUGAAAUUGGCCUCCUUACCAAAAGAGAUGAUGAGCCCGUGACUGGAAAACAGGAGCUUCACAGUUUUGUCAAAGCUGCUUUUGGUCUCACCACAGUGCACAGAAGACUCCAUGGGGAGACAGGGACCAUCUGUGCAGCAGGUCAGCUCUGCAAGGAAGCCAUGGAGAAGUUGUACACUUUCAGUACCUCCUCCAGAAGUCAGGACAGAGAAGCUUUGUCUCAAGAAAUCAUGUCCGUGAUUGCCCAGGUGAAGGAUCAUUUGCAAGUCCAAAACUUCUCAAAUUUAGAAGAGCGAUCUUAUGUUCCAGAGAGUUUCAAGUGUGGAUUGGAUAAGCCUUUCUUGCAUGGGCAGGUGGAUUUCCAAAAAAUCCUUGAAACCUACUCACAGCACCAUACUUCAGUGUGUGAGGUAUUUGAAAGCAGUUGUGGAGACAACAAAAAUAAGCAGAAAGAUAUAAAAACAGGAGUCUGUAUCACUGCUCUAAAAACAGAAACAAAAAACAUAGAUACAAUGACUACUACUCAAGACAAACCACUCUCUCAAAAGAGUAUGGGGAUAUCUUCCUCCCACCUGGCUAGGAAUAGUCAGGAGAAACUCAGAAGGGUAGAAAGGAGAAACUGGACCCAUUCUGAUGCUUUUCGAGUCUCCCUGGAUCAAGAUGCAGAGUCUGAGACUGAGCCACCAGACCCUAGCAGUGGUGGGGGAGCUAUUUUGAACAAGUCUCUGAGUGACAGCCAGACCUCAAGUUCUUGGAGCAAGUUAUCAGGAUUUAGUUCUUCCACCAGCUGGGAGGAAGUGAAUUAUCCUGUUGAUGGUAGGUCAACAAGAAAAGAACCGAGCAAAGAAGAACAUCUUGUGGACACUCAGUGUUCCACUGCCUUGUCUGAGGAGCUGGAGAAAGAUGGGGACGGUAGAGCUGUGCCAUUGUGUUCAGAGCUUCAUGGUCUUUCUCUCCAAGGGGACAAUGUAGAAUCUUCUCAAAGUCAACUAAAUAAGCACAUGCCCUUGACAACCUUUUCUUCUCAUAAUACAGCAGACACUUUGUUGGCCUCUGAUGCAGGCCUGUUAGAAGGAGCUCUAGCAGAUGUCCAAGAAGUCAGAAAUAGUGGACCCAGAAAUAAUUCUGCCCACUCCAGACUCUCACGUGGUUCUGCUUCUUGGUCUUCUUCUGGUUCUGGUAGGCUCAAGAAGAUGGUCACAUAUCCUUCCUUUCAGGAAGAAACCUUUGAAAUCAUUGAUGAGGUUCCAGAAACUAACUGUGAUGCCAAAGAGAGGAGUAGAGAAGAGAAGGGAGAAGAAAUCAAUGAGAAAGGCACAGGCCCCAUAUCUAAAAACAGCCCCAACUGGGUUGACCCAGAAGGAGAAACAGCAGAAGGCACAGAAGAUGCACCCUUAGACUUUCCUGGAGAAACGGACAAUUACCUGGGCAACAGUUCCAUGAUGGCAUGUAGCUCUUUCACCCCUGUUGAAAAUCCUGACUCAGGAAAGAGUGGUGGCUCCCUUACUUAUCAGGACAUUGACCCUGAUGCCCCCACUGAGGAUGAGAAAGGCCAAGUACUCAACAGCACGGAUGUUCACUCCACAGGCGGAUAUGGCUCUCAUAGACCGUGCACUCUGAGACAGCCACCUGGUCAGAGGGCUGAGACCCCCCAUUCCUCUGUGAGCAAUAACGUUCUUGUCCCUGUCCUCGGUGAGGACUGUACUACCACAGAGGAAGGAAAUGAACCUGGAAAUGUGCUAAACUGCAGCCAGAACUCCAGCUCAUCCUCAGCGUGGUGGAUGAAAUCACCUGCAUUUUCCAGUGGUUCUUCUGAGGGAGAAAGCCCAUGGUCCUGUCUGAAUUCCAGUGCAAGUUCUUUUGUUUCAUUGCCAGGAAAGACAAGGCAAGAGAUUCUUGAGGCGCGAACCUUGCAGCCUGAUGACUUUGAAAAACUCUUAGCGGGAGUGAGUCAUGAUUGGCUUUUUCAGAGACUGGAGAAUACAGGAGUUUUUAAGCCUAGUCAACUCCACCGAGCACACACUGCUCUUUUACUAAAAUAUUCCAAAACAUCUGACCUUUGGACAGCACAGGAGACCACUGUGUACUUGGGGAACUACCUGAAUGUGAAGAAGAAAGGCAGACAAAGAAAUGCCUUUUGGGUUCAUCAUCUUCAUCAAGAAGAAAUUCUGGGGAGGUAUGUUGGGAAAGAAUAUAAGGAGCAGAAGGGACUCUGGCACCACUUCACUGAUGUGGAGCGGCAGAUGACUGCACAGUACUAUGUGACAGAAUUUAACAAGAGACUCUAUGAACAAAACAUUUCAACGCAGAUCUUCUACAUCCCAUCUACAAUAUUGCUGAUUUUAGAGGGCAAGACAAUAAAAGGAUGUAUCAGUGUGGAGCCUUACAUACUGGGAGAAUUUGUAAAAUUAUCAAAUAACACAAAAGUGGUGAAAACAGAAUACAAAGCCACAGAAUAUGGCUUGGCUUAUGGUCAUUUUUCCUAUGAAUUUUCUAAUCACAGAGAUGUUGUGGUUGAUUUGCAAGGUUGGGUAACUGGAAAUGGAAAAGGGCUCAUCUACCUGACAGAUCCCCAGAUUCACUCUGUUGAUCAGAAAGAUGUCACUACCAAUUUUGGAAAGAGAGGAAUUUUUUACUUCUUUAAUAACCAGCAUAUGAAAUGCAAUGAAAUAUGCCAUCGCCUUUCUUUGACUAGACCUUCAAUAAAGAAACCAAACAAAUCAUAAACAAAUCAAAUAUGGAUGGUAAUGCAGUCUCCUUCCAGGCACACAAAAUAUGGCGCAGCCUGGUCCUUUGGGACUUGGGGGAGGCUGAGGCACUGGUUCUGGCCAAUGAUUUGUGAAAGGAAUUGAUGAAUGUCACUUUCAGGCCUGCAUUUAAUUGCCAGAAUAAUCCUGUGGAUUCUCUCUUCCUCUGCCACAGUUACCAAGAACGUGUCAGGAGGUAUCUGCUUUUGAGUUUAAGUCCUGCAGUAAAGGUACCAUGGAAGAGAGCUCCAAGUGACCCAGGGUAGAGACAAAGCACUGCUAA